GCUGACCCGGCGCGGUACGAUGACUCCUGCUGAGGUCGUAGAGUUCCCCCACCGACGUACAUAUAUAAGCGCAUGCCGCCGGCCUCAGGUCACAGUCAGCACGAUGUGGUACGUUCUGGCACUCACCCUCCUGGCUACGGCAUGUGCCGUUCCCACGCCCAAAACUUUCAAGAUCUGCGUGCCUCACAAUGCCUACGAUGCCUGUCAGCAAAUGGUGGAGCAAGGAAAAUCUGUUGGCGUUACCAUGACUUGCGUCGCCGCCAGAGAUAGAUUGGACUGCAUGACAAAGAUGAAGGAGCAUGAGGCGGACUGGGAGGCAGUGGAUCCUGAAGAUAUGUACAUUGCCGCCAAGAGGUUCGGAGAUAACUUCAACAUCUUCAAAGAGAUCCGCACCAAAGAAGAGCCAGAGGCUGAGUUCCGGUACGAGGCUGUUGUCGUGAUCCACAAGGAACUGCAGAUCAACAGUAUCGAAGAACUGCGAGGUCUUAAGUCAUGUCACACCGGAGUGGGCCGUAACGUUGGAUACAAAAUCCCUAUCACUAAGCUGACGAAGAUGGGAAUCCUGCCUCCACUGAACGACACAAAACUUUCGCCUAGAGAGAAUGAACUGAAGGCUUUAUCCACUUUCUUCAGCAAAUCUUGCAUCGUGGGCAAGUGGUCUCCAGACAAGGAGAUCAACCAGAGACUCAAGCAGGAAUACAGUAACCUUUGCCAGCUCUGUGAGUUCCCGGACAAGUGCGACUAUCCCGACCAGAACUCCGGGUAUGAGGGAGCACUCCGCUGCUUGGCUGUGGGAGGAGGUGAUGUCGCCUUCACUAAGGUCAUCUUCGUCAAGAAGUUCUUCGGCAUGGCCUACGGAUCGCAACCUGCCGCGCAAUCCAACUACAACCCCGACGACUACUCCUACCUGUGCCCAGACGCCACCAAGAAACCCGUGAAGGGCGAACCCUGUGUCUGGGCGGCAAGGCCCUGGCAAGGUUAUAUGACCACUGAGCAGGACCAGGAGCAGAUUACAGUUCUUAGGGAUGCGAUCGCCAAGCUGAAUGCUCUUGGAGAGUCAAGCCAUGCCGACUGGAUCUCUUCAGUGUUGGCCCUCAAUAACAAGACUCUGACCAAGGACAACAAGGGGCCCUACACUCCCCACCAGUACCUCACCAAAGCAAAGUAUGAAGAUGUGAUUGAACGUGAUGUGUUGGAGCCCCGACGCAUGGUUCGUAUGUGUGUAACUGGUGAAGUGGAGGAGGCCAAGUGUCAGGACCUAGCCAGUGCUGCGUACUCCAGGGACAUCAGGCCCGGCAUUUCCUGCGUCUCCAAGCUUAACCUGGCCGAAUGUUACGCUGCUGCUAGAGACCACCAAGUGGACAUCGUCUCUGUGGAUGCUGGCCUUGCCGUCAAUGCUGUGAGCAAGUUCCAGUUGCAGCCAGUUCUGAUGGAAGAGUACGAGAACGACCACAGGACCCACGCUGUGGCUGUCGUCAAGAAGUCUUCCAACUUCCAAUCUUGGGCCGAUCUCAAGGGCCACAAAGCCUGCUUCUCUCAUGUUGGCAAGGCUGCUGGUUGGGUUAUUCCCGUCUACAAUCUUGUGACCAAGAAUCUCAUCGAGAAAAACAACUGCCCCUAUACCAAGGCUGUAGGUGAAUUCUUCUCUGGCGGUGUUCAAAACUCUGCCGAGCCUUUCAAGUGUUUGUCUUCUGGUGAAGGUGAUGUUGCUUUCCUCGACUAUGACUCUGCUGUUAGACAAGUCGGCGGGGAGGAUAAGUCAGGAGAGUAUGAGCUUCUGUGCAAAGACGGCGGACGCAAGGCAUUCAAAGACUACGCGUCUUGUAACCAGGCCGUUGUUCCCCCCAGAGUGCUGCUGUCUAGCAAGGACCUGAGUCCCGUGGAGAAGGACGACAUCCUGUUCACAAUGCUCAGCGCUGCCGACCUCUACCACAAGCACCCAGAGUACUUUGAUCUGUUCGGCUCCUACCAGGGACAUGACAACGUCCUUUUCUCGAACUCAGCUUCCGGCCUUGACACUGUUCACCCAGAGACCAACCCUCUCAAAGACUUCACACCAAUCCAUGACGAGCUGAAGGUCUGCACUCCAGAGGAGACAAAACCUUGAGGAGAUCUACAUAAGUGCCUGCUCCUGACUGACACGAGCUACUGAAAGAGACUGUACAAUCAUUAUUCCUCAACAUUCUGUGUUAUUAUUGCUGUUAGAUUCUUUGUUUUAAUAUAGUUUACAACUAAAUAAAUGUUAUUUUCUUGUAA